UGCUCCAAAUCACAACAUCAGCCACUCCGGACGUUACCUACCAGGACCAGGACCUGAGGAUCAUGGAUAAUCCCGCCUAUGUGAUCGAUUGCGAUCGAGAGUUCGCCAUCGAAAAGUCCCCGGAGAAACCCUCAGAGAAGCCCCGACCCCACAGCUUCGAGGAGGCCAUCACGCUGACCGGCGUGGGCCGCUUCCACUACAAGCUGCUCCUCAUCUGCGGACUCUGCUUCAUGGCCGUCAUGGUGGAGAUCAUGGGCGUCAGUCUGAUCAUGAACCAGAUGAAGUGUGACCUCCAGCCGACCCUCAGCGAGCAGGGCAUCUUGGCCUCUGCGGGGUUCCUGGGGGUGGUUCUCAGCUCCCAUGCCAUGGGCUUCCUGGCGGAUACCUGGGGUCGAGCCACCACCCUUAAGUAUGCCCUGUCCCUGGCCUCCGUCUGCUCCAUCGUGUCCGGAUUCUCGGUGAACAUUUGGAUGCUGAUUGUGUUCCGAUUCCUGACCGGAUUCUUCAUGUCCGGCGGGCAGGCGUGCGUCUUCAGUUUGUGCGGCGAGUUCCACGGCCAGGGAUCUCGAGUGCGCCACGUGACCUUGCUCUCUGGCUUCCUCUGCCUGGCCAUGGUCUUUGCUCCAGCCAUGGCAAUCGGCAUCCUUCCCCUUCGAAUUGAGACCGUUUUCCUCGGUCUGCGAUUCUCCUCCUGGCGAGUCCUGCUCCUGGCCAAUGUUUCCAUCUCGCUGGUUGCCCUGAUGGGAAUCUCAACGCUGCCGGAGACACCCAAGUACCAGCUCGUCCAGGGACGUCCUCAAGAAUCCCUGGAGACACUGCGUACGAUCUUUUCCCAGAACACGGGUCGCGAUGGGAGCGAGUAUCCGGUGCGGGAAAUAGUCCUGGAGAGCGGUGGCGCUAGUCUGGGCGAUGUCCAUGGCUUCCUCGAUGCAGUGCGUCUCGUCUGGCACCAGACAGUGCCCCUCUUCUACCGCUCCCGCCUGCCGCACACGCUCAACAUCUGCAUCACCCAGUUCCUGAUCUACUUCCUGGCCCAGGGCAUCUUUAUGUGGUUCCCCACCAUCCUGGAUGAGCUGGGCACGCGAGGUGGCGAGGAUACGCUCCUGUGCAGUGUCCUGCAGGGUCUGAAUACGAAUGCCAAUGUGACGGAAACAGGGGAUGGCACUGCCACCUGCUCCCUGGAAGUGGAUACCUCCACCUACCAGGUGAUGAUUAUCAUCGGUAGCUCCUUUGUGCUCAUCUACUUGCUCUUCGCCUACAUCAUAGACUACACGGGGAAGAAGAAUCUAUUGAUGGCCUGGAUGAUCCUCACCAUGGUGUGCCUGGUGGGCCUGCACUACCUGGAGCAGUUCGCCAUGGUGGUGAUCGCUUUGACCAUGGUGAUGGCCAUCGGAAACUGCGGCGGCCUCGUCAGCACCAUCGCCAUGGACUUCUAUCCGACCCACAUCAACGCCAUGGGGAUGUGCUUCAUCAUGAUGGUGGGUCGCCUCGGGGCGGUGGUGGGCAGCAACAUCCUCGGGCGCCUGCUCUUCGCCAGCUGUGAUGAAAUCUUCUGGGCGAUGCUCGGGCUGGUGAUUCUGCUCUUCAUCAUGGGCUACUUCCUGCCGGAGAAGGCGCCGUCCAAAAAGGAGCCCGCCAUUACUUCUAAGUAGGAUUAGUCUGGGACUGAGCAGAGAGGCUUCUUUUCAAUUAAAUCCAAACA